CAAAACAACAUCUCAGACAAGUAUCAUUUGGUGUCACUCGUCUUGAGGAUAACCCGUCCAUUUAAUUAUCUAACACCACAUGUCAUUAUCUUUUUAAUAUCAAUCCACCUACCUAUACCUACCUACCCAACACGUUAAGUUACAGACAUUUUAAUAAAUUAUUAUGCAACACAACUCAAUAAGCAGGUCCCAUUUGGAUAGGCAUAACAAUAUGUGCAAAUACGUCUGUACCUAUACAUCCGACUAUAAAGAACAGCUAUCCAUAAUUGUAGAUGUCCGCAUUGUAAUUGUAACCAAUGUCCGAAUCAUUGUAAUGAAAAGAGUUCACAGGAAUAUCACUGAUUUUGACAGGCACUUGUCAGCUACAAUGGUCGAGUUUCCUGUACAGAUCCAUUUAAAUGCAGGGCAGUAAGCAGUGCAACAUUUUACUUCCGUACGAUGGUAGGUGUCGUGGUGCUCCUCGCACUCCUACCGGCAUUAGUCGCGGGUGCUGGAGAAGGUAACAUCAAAUUAUUAGAAGAUGAAGUAGCAGUAGCUUUGAAAUCAUGCACAUAUCCUGACGACGUCACCAACUCAAAAGAACCUGCAAGUAAGGAACGUCAACGCCGAUCUGAGGACUCUUACGAUGCUUCUCCCAGAAUAGACGAUAAUAUGAAAGAAGGGAACCGAUACAACCACGAGCGACGGAUUACCAACGACAGUGGUGACCAACUAAUGGUCAUUAAUGCAACUGAUGACGACUAUAGUGGCUAUGGAUCUGGGAACAUGGGAGAAAAACUGCUUACAUCAGUACCACGCCCGGCAACUCCGAGUAACAAUAUAAACAAGAAUAAUACUAGCAGGACCAAAAGAAACGAACCGCUUCUAAACCGUCCCGAUUCGGAUCAGUGUCUCAGUCAAUGUGUGUUCGCCAAUUUACAAGUGGUGGACAGCAGAGGUAUACCUCGAGAAGCAGAAUUAUGGAACAAAGUGCAAUCAUCUGUGACGUCACAACAAUCUCGGUCUGCGCUGCACGAUCAGAUACAAGCUUGCUUCCAGGAGUUACAAUCAGAGGCUGAAGACAACGGUUGCUCCUACUCUAAUAAGUUGGAACGAUGUUUGAUGCUACGUUUCUCCGAUCGUAAGGUUGACGGUAAAGGAAAUGCCAAGAAAUCUUCUACGGAACAGACAGGAUAGGCUGAUGAGAACAAACUACGACCAACCGCAUAACCCAAAGGAUAUAAGUACGAAUGACAAUGACAACUAGUUUUACAUAGGUAUCUAAAUGUGUAGCCUAGAAAAAAGCAAUUCAGAAUAAAAUCUGACGACAAUUUUGGUGAUUUUAUUUUAUUAUUAAUCUAC